CGGGCAUGCGCCGCACCCCGGGAACAUGGCGGAGGAGGAGGAGGAGGAGGAGGCGUGAAUGACAGGCUGCCGGCGCUCCCAGGGACCGGAGGCGCCCUUCCUUCUGGGAAACAAUUGAAUUGAAAAAGAAGAGCAGCAUCAAUUCUUGGAACUUCCAUUUUUUCUCUUUUCAUAUCUUUUUUUUAAAAAAAAUUGUGCGAAGGAAAGCUACACGCCUUACCAUGGGGAAGACAGCAGCUAAAGAUUCUAAGACUGUUAAAAAAGACAAACACGGGAGUAAUAAUCUGUCUAGCAACCAGCUGUUACAUAAUGAAUAUUUUAACUGGGACAUUUACUUGAAAGAGACUGGAUCUGCAGCUGCGCCUCCACAUUGUUUCCGACAGUCUAGGAUUCCACCUAGCAAUGAUUUCAAAGUAGGAAUGAAACUGGAAGCUCAUGACCCUCGCAAUGUUACCUCAGUAUGUAUAGCCACAGUUAUUGGAAUCACAGGGGCCAGAUUAAGGUUGCGGCUUGAUGGAAGUGAUAACAAAAAUGAUUUCUGGAGACUAGUAGAUUCAUCUGAUAUACAGCAAAUUGGAACCUGUGAGAAGAAAGGGGGAAUGCUUCAGCCUCCACUAGGGUUCCAGAUGAAUGCAUCCUCUUGGCCAAUGUUUCUCCUAAGAACACUAAAUGGAGCUGAAAUGGCACCAGCAUCAUUCUUUAAGAAGGAACCUCCCAAACCAACUCCAAACUGUUUUAAAGUUGGAAUGAAGUUGGAAGCAAUAGACAGAAAAAACCCAUAUUUAAUAUGCCCAGCAACCAUUGGGGAUGUUAGAGGAGAUGAAGUUUUUAUUACCUUUGAUGGCUGGCGAGGGGCAUUCGACUAUUGGUGUAAAUAUGAUUCUCGGGAUAUUUUCCCAGUUGGAUGGUGUGACCUGACAGGAGAUGCUCUGCAACCACCAGGGAACAGUGUUUCCAUUGCAAAGAAUAAUACAAAAGCUCAGACAUCUCCUUCCAAAGUGAACCGCCGCUCGAUGCAGUCUCCACAGAAAUCAGCUCCCCCGGCUUCUGUUAUUGCACCAAGAGGCAGGAAACCUAAUCGGGGCAAACCACCCACUCCAUCUACAGUUCUUAGGAAAGGCAGGUCUCCCAAAAAUAUCCCUGUGACAAAAAACACAUCUCAUAAGGAAAACCUCAAAAAAAGGAAACAAGGCUUAAAACCAGGAAGGAAGAAAAAAAUCUUACCAGUGCAAACUCCAGUAUUUUCACCUCCCCUUACUUCUGCAAAAGUGGACAACAGCACCCCUCAGAUACAUAAAGACGGGGCUGGUAUCACUGGUGCAAUGGCUGCUGUCAUUUCCACAGUUUGUGUCUAGUGUAACAAACAUGGAAACUCUGGGCCUCAUCUGGAUAAAAAGAUUCAGCAGCUGCCAGAUCACUUUGGACCAGGACCUGUCAAUAUGGUGCCACAAGCUGUGCAAGCCUGCAUAGACUGUGCUUAUCAAUCAAAAAAUGUUUUUGGAUUCCUCAAGUCAGGGCAUCAUGCAGGAGAGAUGAUCACUGCUUCUUUCGAUGGGGAAAAACAUGCCAUCAGUCUUCCUUCUGUAAACAGUGCAUCAUUUGUCCUGCGAUUUUUGGAGAAACUCUGCCACAGCCUACAAUGUGAUAAUCUUUUUAGUAGCCAGCCUUUUAGUCCUUACAUGGGCAGUGCACAUAGUCCCACCGAAUAUGAUAGAAACAAGCCAGCAAAAGAGGAAAUGUCAGAAAACAGAAGUUCAAAGCGGUAUCCUCAGGAUUCACCACCCUACACUGCUCCUCUGUCUCCUAAACUCCCAAGAACAGAAGCUCAACCAUCAGAAGCAGAAACCCUGCCAAGUGAAGAAAAUGGCACUCCUAAAGACCACAGGUUUGCUGAGGACUCAAUGGAUUCUGCACUUAAUUCAGUUAAUCCCUCAAAACCGAACUGUCGGAAUUCCAUUGAAUAUCGUACCUCAGGGAAUGUAUCCUGUUACAGGAAUUCUCUUCCACCAGUGACCUCUACCUCAAACACAGCACCAAUCCUAAGGAGAUUAUCAUCAAGUUCUGCUGGGAACAGCAGUUAUUAUGAAGUCAACAGGAAUAGACUCCAGAGGAGGAUUGAAGCUGCAAGUUCUACAACAGGACCUGACCUCAGCGCACUGAAACGGGAACCUUCCCGUCUGCUCAACAAGGACCCUUCCACGUGGUCAAUAGAAGAAGUGAUGCGAUUUGUGAAAGAAGCUGAUCCUCAGGCAUUAGCACCCCAUGCAGAACUCUUCAGAAGACAUGAAAUUGAUGGAAAGGCACUCUUGCUACUGAGGAAUGAUAUGAUAAUGAAAUAUAUGGGGCUAAAAUUGGGGCCAGCACUAAAGCUGUGCUACCACAUCGAGAGACUUAAGCAAGGAAAGUACUAGGCAGUGGAUGCACAACCAGCAAUGAUGUUACAUGUUUAGUGGCAAAACCUCUCAGGUUCAUGAAGAUGCAGGAAGCACAAUAAAGCUGGAACGUCUCCUGAUCCUAGCAAUGGAGAGAUGGAAGAUGGUCCUAUUCACUUCAGAAAAACAAGUUUAUAUCAAAUUGUCUUCAGUGUUCUGUUCUAAAAGCAUCUAAAAACCAUCAUUGGUUUGUAAACAUUUCUUAAAAUACAAAAUUUCUUAUCAAGGAGAAACAUAUAAAAAGUGCAGGGGAAAGGACAAUGUCCAGAGUAUUCAUAUGGGAAGCUGUAAAAUGUAUUCUUGGCUAUUCAGCUGAUGCAUUUUCAUUGAAAACCAAAACAGCUGAAUUCCAAAGGAAUGUUUUAUUUUAUUUUAAAAAAUCAGGAUUGACGGUUUUUGAAAUAGUGGCUGAAUUCAUAUGUGUAGCAGAGGGAGGUGUUAAUGUUGUCAGUUAUUUCACCUCUCAGCUAAAGUUUUACAUUUGGUACUCCUGGAGAUAAAUAUCAGAUUAUGUUGUAUAGAUUUCCAUAAAGGGAAUAGCCAUAUGAAUGGUUCUGUAUGUCUGCACUGUAUGUUUAAACAAACAAACAAGCUUCAUUUAUAUACCGCUUCAUACCACCUAAGUAGUGUCUAAGCGGUUUACAACUGUAUGCUAAUUGCCCCCAACA